AUGUCUCUUUGGUUUGACUUGCGUGCAAGGCUAGAAACUAACAAUGUUAUUGAUAAAACUUUUCAAUACGAAAUCAAGAAAGAGACACAACACUGGAGGAAGGGGCUAUUUGACUCAUUUCAAAACUUACUACAAGAUCUUGAUCUUGACAUCGAUAAUAUCAGAGGCCAAAGUUAUGACAAUGGAUCCAACAUGAAGGGAAAACAUAAGGGUGUACAAAGGAAACUUUUGGACAUUAAUCCUAAAGCAUUUUACACCCCAUGUGCUUCACGUUCUCUUAACUUGACAUUAUCAUAUAUGGCAAACUCUUGUGAAAAAGCAGUAAAGUUUUUUUUGGAGUUGUUCAACACUAUCGAGAGAAUAGGUUUGAGAUGGCUUUGGAUUGUGCAAGCUAUAGCUUCUGAUUUGGAAAUUGAUCCGGUGUUUGUUGAAAAAAGCAAUAAAAGAAGAGUUGCUCAAAAAAGACAUUUUGAUGAGAAUAACGUUGGGUCAUCUGAGUCGGUACAUGAACUUUCACCUCAAGAGUCAUUUAGGAUUCAAUAUUUUUUGUACAUAGUUGAUCAAGCUAUUGCUUCAUUGGAGCGAAGUUUUGAACAAUACAAACAAUAUGAAGCCAUUUUUGGUUUCUUAUUCACAGCAGAAAAGUUGAAGUCAGUGAAUACUAGUGAGUUAAAGGCAAGUUGCAAAAAUCUAUAG